CCUCCAAACGUUGAAUUAUACGGACGCAACUAUGUCUUUUUUCCGAUUGAAAGAAUGCCUAAGUGAGCUUCCGUUCACCAUUGAAUUUUCUUGGAGCUAUUUUGGACAAGGAGGGUAUAACAUGGCCGACAACACCGGAGUUGGAUUCCUUAUGGAAGGACUUCCAAGUGGAAAUGGAGGGUACUAUCCACAAGCUUCCAAUGGAUAUUACGCUACAUACGAAUUUUACGCUCCCGACUAUCCAGGAGUAUGGUCGAGAAACGACAGCCUCACGACCUCCCCUUACCAAAUCCUGAACUAUUAUGGCCGCGGUUUUGCUCUUUUCUUGGCGUACAGUAAAGUGGAAGUGUCAUCAGCGAGUAUUUCUAUGUACUACAGCGGAGGACUCCAAUCUGUCCAGGAUUCUUACAACUUGCCAGAUGGAGGCAUAUACAGACACUAUCUUGAACCAUCUAAAUACACAGGUGCCGACAAUCGUUAUACGUACUUCGAUGCCGCUUCCCCUUCAGGAGGACCUCCUUUGUGCACUUGGAGUGGAUCAGUGAACACAACAAACAACAACUUUUACUUUGCUUCUUCUUGCGCAGGAGCUACUUCUUACCAGUUCUUUUAUUGGUUCCGCAUUCGGAAAGGGAUCGCACUCAUGCAAGCAAGUACUCGACAAAUUCUCAAUCAUGUUUCAUAACCAGGUGUUCAUUUCAAAUUUCAAUCUCUCAUAGAAUAAAUAGAACGAUUCAGAU